AUGCCUCGAGCCGAAGUUGGAUCGACAAAGUACAUCGCCAACCAGAUGAAGUCGAAAGGACUUCAGCGGUUGCGAUGGUACUGCCAAGCGUGUCAGAGACAGAUGCGCGACGAGAACGGCUUCAAAUGCCAUGUCGCUUCGGAAUCACACAUUCGGCAAAUGCAAAUAAUUGGCGAAGAUCCUAAAAAAGCAAUCAAUGAUUACUCCCGGCAGUUUCUUCGAGAUUUCAUACAGCUACUACGAACCGGCCACGGAGAGAAGAAGGUCAACGUCAAUCACUUCUACCAAGAAUACAUCUCCAACAAAAGCCAUGUACAUAUGAAUGCCACAAAAUGGCCCAGUCUGACAGAAUUUGCGAAAUAUCUUGGUCGGGAAGGCAUCUGCAGAGUGGACGAAGAUGAGCAGAAUGAGAACAAAACGGGCGCCAGUGCGCUGACUAUCAGCUGGAUCGAUAAUAGUCCAGAAGCACUUCGGCGGCAAGAGGCGUUGAAGAAGAAAGAACGUCAAGAUCGCGGCGACGAGGAGCGAGAACAGAGGAUGAUACAGGAGCAAAUUCGGAAAGCGAAGCGUGAAGGGAGGCAACACAGCAGCGAAGAAGAGGACGAGGAAGAGAUCGAGGAAGCAGAACAAGUCGAAGGGGAAGGCAUCAAGCGCAAGGAUGGCGAGAAGAUUGUACUGAAUUUUGGUUCGAGGAAGUCUCCAGUGGAAGGCCAGCAACCUCCCACUCCUCCACUAUCGGACAAGGACGAGGCCAGCUCCGACCAAGAAAAGGCAACGGCGACACAGUCUGCCUCAGAUUCAGCUCCUGCCAAUCGACAAGCUCCUGCUUCAGAAGAGCCUACACACGUCGACAACACGAGUGGGAAGACGGCAGCACCCGCAAAACAACCUGUCUCGCUGUCGUUUGGGUCUUCAACUGCUCGCCCGAAGAAUGUUUUUGCAACCGCGUCUAAAAAGAAUGCUUUGGCCGGUCCGAAGAAACCUACGAUGCUGGCACCCUCAAGGCCCAUGAGUGAAGCAGAAAGGAUAAUGAAGGAAGAAAUGGAGCGAAAACGCCAUCGCGAGGCUGGUGGAUUUAAAGCCGGCGCAAACGCAUUCAAGAAACAACGUGUCUCGUGA